CAUGGGGCAGCGGUCGCCAGCGCCGCAGCUGCUGCUGGCGCUGCCGCUGCUGCUGGUGUUACCGCCGCUGUCCCGAGCGCUGCGCGGGGCGCGCUGCCCGGAGCCCUGCAACUGCGCGCCCGACAGCGCCCUGCGCUGCCCCGGCCCACGGGCCGGCCUCACCAGACUAUCACUCACUUAUCUCCCUGUCAAAAUCAUUCCAUCUCAAGCUUUCAGAGGACUUAAUGAGGUCGUAAAAAUAGAAAUCUCUCAGAGUGAUUCCCUGGAAAGGAUAGAAGCUAAUGCCUUUGACAACCUCCUCAAUUUGUCUGAAAUACUGAUCCAGAACACCAAAAACCUGGUACAUAUUGAGCCUGGUGCAUUUACAAAUCUUCCCCGGUUAAAAUACCUGAGCAUCUGUAACACAGGCAUUCGAAUGCUUCCAGAUGUUACGAAGAUCUUCUCCUCCGAAUUUAAUUUCAUUCUGGAAAUUUGUGAUAACUUGUACAUAACCACCAUACCAGGAAAUGCUUUUCAAGGGAUGAAUAACGAAUCCAUAACACUCAAACUAUAUGGAAAUGGAUUUGAAGAAGUACAAAGUCAUGCAUUCAAUGGAACGACGCUAAUUUCACUGGAACUAAAAGAAAACAUUCACCUGGAGAAGAUGCACAAUGGAGCCUUCAGGGGGGCCACAGGGCCCAGCAUCUUGGAUAUUUCUUCCACCAAAUUACAGGCCCUGCCAAGCUAUGGCCUGGAGUCCAUUCAGACGCUAAUUGCCACAUCAUCCUAUUAUCUAAAAAAAUUGCCAUCGAGAGAAAAAUUCACCAAUCUCGUGGAUGCCACACUGACUUACCCCAGCCACUGCUGUGCCUUUAGGAACUUGCCAACCAAAGAACAGAAUUUUUCAUUUUCCAUUUUUGAAAACUUUUCCAAACAAUGUGAAAGCACAGUAAGAAAACCAAAUAAUGAAACACUUUAUUCUGCUAUCUUUGCUGAGAGUGAACUGAGUGGCUGGGACUAUGAUUAUGGUUUCUGCUUGCCAAAGACUCUCCGAUGUGCUCCUGAACCAGAUGCUUUUAACCCCUGUGAAGAUAUUAUGGGCUAUGACUUCCUUAGAGUUCUGAUUUGGCUAAUUAAUAUUCUGGCCAUCAUGGGAAACUUGACUGUCCUUUUUGUUCUUCUGACCAGUCGUUACAAACUGACAGUGCCCCGUUUUCUUAUGUGCAAUCUCUCCUUUGCAGACUUUUGCAUGGGGCUCUAUCUGCUCCUCAUUGCCUCAGUUGAUUCCCAGACAAAAGGCCAGUACUAUAAUCAUGCCAUAGAUUGGCAGACAGGGAGUGGAUGUAGUGCUGCUGGCUUUUUCACAGUAUUUGCAAGCGAACUUUCAGUCUACACCCUUACAGUCAUCACUAUAGAAAGAUGGCACACCAUCACCUAUGCUGUUCAGCUGGACCAAAAGCUUCGAUUGAGACAUGCCAUUCCAAUUAUGCUUGGAGGAUGGAUCUUUUCUACUCUGAUUGCCAUGUUGCCCCUCGUGGGUGUCAGCAAUUACAUGAAGGUCAGCAUCUGCCUCCCCAUGGAUGUGGAAACCACUCUCUCGCAAGUCUACAUAUUAACUAUCCUGAUACUCAACGUGGUAGCCUUCAUCAUCAUUUGUGCUUGUUACAUUAAAAUUUAUUUUGCAGUUCAAAAUCCAGAGCUGAUGGCUACCAACAAAGAUACAAAGAUUGCUAAGAAAAUGGCAAUCCUCAUCUUCACUGACUUUACCUGCAUGGCACCUAUCUCUUUUUUUGCCAUCUCAGCUGCCUUCAAAGUUCCUCUUAUCACAGUCACCAACUCUAAAGUUUUACUGGUUCUCUUUUAUCCUGUCAAUUCUUGUGCCAACCCAUUUCUAUACGCAAUUUUCACAAAGGCAUUCCGAAGGGAUUUCUUUCUGUUGCUGAGCAAAUUUGGCUGCUGUAAACGUCGGGCUGAACUUUAUAGAAGGAAGGAAUUUUCUGCUUAUACCUCCAACUGCAAAAAUGGCUUCCCUGGAUCAAAUAAGCCUUCUCAGUCGACCUUGAAGUUGUCCACAUUGCACUGUCAAUACUCAGCUGUCCUAGACAAGACCUGCUACAAAGAGUGUUAACUAUUACAUCAGUAAUUGCAUUACUGAAUUAUACUUAAGUCUGAAAAAAAAUUACCUGAACCAGUAAUUUUAAUAUAAAGAGUUGGUUUUAGAAAAUUAUUUAUUCUUAGGUAUGUUGAUCAAAAGACUUUUGCCUAGUUCAAAUUGUGAUCCAUGACCAUUGCCAAUCUGGGAACUAUUUGUCAUUGAUAUGUGAUGAUAUAAAAUUCAGAGGCAGCUCAGAAAUUUUGUAACAAUUUUGACAGAGUGAUUAAAUUGUUAAACCUAAUAUUAAGAAAAAUCAAGAUGGUAUUUUAUGUGUCUUUGAUUUUUUUCAUUUUAGUCUUUUAAUUUUUAUUUCACUCUAUAAAAACAAUAGUACAUAACAGAUUGGAAAUUUAAAGUAAUUGGUCUUUUUUUCCCCGAAUAGUUAGAAAGCCACACUCAAGAGAUUGCACUAUGCAAUCUUCUAGCCACUAGCCAUGUGUGGCUAAAUUAAGGUUGCAUGAAAAUUGUAGUUUCUCAGCUGCACUAACCACAUUUUAAGUGCUUUAUGAGCACAUCUGACUAGUAAUUUCUAUACUGGGCAGCACAGAAACAAAACAUUUUCAUCUUCCCAGAAGAGUUUAUUUUUUAUGGAUUUCAAAGUAAUUUGCAGAAGACUUCAGCACUUGUCAGUCCUAAAAUUUCUGCAAAAAAAAAUUCACAAAAGUUCAGUAUUUAUUUUUUGUUUUGUUUUGUUUUUAGGUAAAAUUCACAUAUGAAUUUUUUAGGUGACAUGGACAAAUUUUAAAUAUACCAUUUAAAAAGUUUUGGGAAAUGCAUACAACUCUAUGAAGACACAGAACAGUAUCACUAUCAGAAAGUUCUCCCACCUCCCUUCCCAGUCAGUUCCUCAUCCCCUCUCUUAAAGGUACUGAUGAAUCUGAUUUUUAUUCCUAUAGAUUAGUUUUGCCUAUUCUAGAACUUCAUAUAAUGGAAUCAUACAGUUUACAUUCUUGUACAUUUCUUCUUUAACCCAACAUAAUGUUUUUGCUAUUCAUUUCUGUUACUGAUGAAUCAGUUCAUUGCUUUUCAAUACUUAUUAGUAUUCCAGUGGCUAUGUCAAUGGAUAUCUGGACUAUUUUCAGAUUUCAGCUCUUCAACAUUUCAUUAAAUACAUAUCUAAACAUAACUAGACUCAACACAUCUAGUUUUCUUUCAAUCCUUGUGCUACUAUGUAUAAUGUGAUUCAAAUAAAAAUUUAAAAAGACUAUAAACUUUAUAAAAUCUCUUCUCUAUAAUGCGUUUUUCACAUUUCUGACUUUUCAACUCCAUAACAGUUACUUUAUUCAGAUGUAGUCCUCUCUCUUGUAAGCUAGUGUUUUAGAAUCUGUCUCAGCAAUAUGGCAGAAUACCAAUUCAUCAUGUUGCUAUUUAACUACAUAUAUACAUUUUAUUCAUAAUAAAUCCCAGAAUAAAAACAACUGAGUGAAAAUUUUUUAAAAGCAGAAAGCAAAAUAAUGAAAAAUUAAAUCUAUUCUGGUGGAGAAUCUUAAUAUAACUAACUUCGCCACUGUUAAAUAGUUUGAGCCCAAAAGUCAUCAUACAUAUACUUUGAAAAUACCUGUAAAUUUAAGUUUCAGCUACUAGACUAAUAUUCAGAGAGCUCUAGAAUCCAUCCUCAGAUCUGCUCACUUUUUCUGUUUUUUCACAUGUAGCAAAUUGUUCCAGUUACUUUUCCUUAGUCAUGCCAUAUAUGUAUUUAUCCCCUAUACUUAUCACAUGAAUAAUUUAUUCCUUAUUUGUUCCUCUAUCCUGCUUCCUUUAAAGUUCCAACUAUGGGUUUAUCUUCUUUAUCAAACUCUCCUUAAUAUACUCCCUUGCUAAUCCACUAUAGUCAAGAACCUCUUAUGUGCAAUAAAAUAGAGUACAAAUAAUAUUUAUAUAAACUACAACAGUCUCUCUCUUUGGACUCCAUGGCACUUGCCAUCUAUAUCACUCAUUUGCUUCCACCCUAUACUGUGUAUUACUAAUUAUGUUUACAAGCCCAUCCUUAUUUCAACUGUUACAAAUUUCUGAUACACUUGUCUCUUUUACAACUUUGUUUCUCCCACUAUAUUUAUCCUUCAACUACUCUGUGAAGCCUUACACAGAGUAGUUGAUUGAAUUUUUUCUUCUUUGUGGUGUUAGGGAUUGGAUCCAAGGUUGCGCUCAUGUUAAGCAGAUGCUUUACCAAUGAACUACUCACCCAGAUUAAUAAUUUUUUAAGCUGAUUCACUUUUGUAACUGAAUAUAAAACUGUCCUUGUCAAGAAGCAUUUCUUGUAUGUAAUAGUCCCAUAGACAGUGUGUGUAUUCUUAUGCUGUAUAAUCUCUCAAACCUAAAUCAUAGAAAAAAUCAGAUGCUUAAUGGAUUUAUAUUUCUGCCUUGAUUUUUUUUUGUGAUGUUGAAUAUUACUAUUGUUAGGUUGUAUAUUGGCUAAAAAGGGUUAAUCAAUUUGGAAUAAAUCAUGUAAAGUUAUAAAUAGCUUUAAAAUGUAUUGGUGUUUUGUACUCCAUUUAUUACAUUUGUUGUAAAGGGUCUGUUUUUAGCUUCUUCAAGAAUAUAAAUUAAGCAGAAUACAACAGUCACUAAUAUGCCAUUAUGUAAAAAUGUGAGUGUGUAACUGAUGUGAUUCUGCAAUUUGUAUUUGGGGUAAAAAUGGGAGUUCAUAACCCAAUUGAG